UGACUCCUCCGAGUACGGUUGAUACUGGAUAAUGCAGGGAACGGACGAGGAUGAUUCUGGUAACCUCACCGUUAGUGACAUACCGACGUCAUUCCCUCCACAACCCUCACACAAAAUCGUUACAAAUCCGCUGCCAGCUUCGCCGGAGUAGUCAAAUCCCCACCGUCGAUCUAUGCAAUCCACGACAGACAAUGAACGGCUUCCAAAUAAGAACACGAGACAGAUCCAUCUUAUGCUUGGCUCGGCGGAAACCGGAGGCGGCGACAGUUGAGGUUGAAGAUGAUCCUCUCCAGAGCAUCCUUCGGUAUCUACUGUGGACAGCUGAAGCCGUGUACAUACUAUGGCUCUUCCUUCUUCCUUAUGCCCCCGGAGAUCCAGUUUGGGCAAUUAGUUCAGAGACGGUGAACUCUCUCUUGGGACUUUCGUUGAACUUCUUCUUUAUCUUGCCUCUCACAAACUCAGUUGGUAUUCAUGUCCUAGAAGCUCCUGUUCUUCAUCCUAUGGCUGAAGGGUUAUUCAACUUUGUAAUAGCUUGGACACUCAUGUUUGCUCCAUUGCUAUACACAGACCGAAAGAGAGAUCGAUUCAAAAGCUCUCUUGACGUCUUAUGGGGUCUCAUGAUGUUCCUCACAAACACGUUUCUGAUCCCAUACAUGGCCAUACGGCUCAAUGACGCUGACCCAGAUGAUAAACCGAGCAAAAGGUCUCAACUUGGCGAAGCCAUGACCAAAGGUGCGUCGGUAGUUGGUCUCACCGGUGCUACGGUGUGUCUGAUAUCUACAUUGUGGUCUCUCUACGGUCGAGCAGAUGGAGGUUUCGGUGGAAUAAUGGAAAGAUGGCAGUAUCUGAUUGGUUAUUUGGGAUCGGAGAGACUAGCUUACGCGUUUAUAUGGGAUAUAUGUUUGUACACAGUUUUUCAGCCAUGGUUGAUUGGAGAGAACCUGCAAAACGUGAAGAAGAGUAAAGUUGAGUUAGUGAGGUAUCUUAGGUUUGUUCCUGUUCUUGGUUUGCUUGCAUACCUUCUGUCUCUCAAUCUUGACGACUGAGGCUUUUUAUUAAUUAGUUUAAUAAUUGUUACAAAAUACACUACACAUGUUCAUAUGUAUGUAAGAAUAUUUAUUUUGGCGACGUACUUUAUCAAGUUUA